GCAGAGCUUUGUCAUGGUCAAGGGGGCCGCCCUGCUGCUGCCCGCGGAGGAGCCACUGGCGGCCCCGGGGCGGCAGGAGCAGCACCUGCAGCUCAUGAUGCAGCUGCUGCGUCCCCAGGACGCCAUCCGGCUGGCGGUGCGGCUGGAGUCGGCGCGGCCGCGGCGGGCGCGGUACCUGCUGGUGGUGCGGCCCGAGGAGGUGGGAGCCGAGGGGCAGACGGUGCUGCUGGGGGUGGACUUCGCCCACGAGGGGGCCUCCCGCUGCACCCUGGGCAUGGUGCUGCCCCUCUGGAGCGACACCCAGGUCUUCCUCGACGGUGAUGGGGGGUUCAGCGUGACGUCUGGGGGAGAGACCCGCAUCUUCAAGCCCAUCUCUGUCCAGACCAUGUGGCCGGCGGCACCGGAGCUGUCGGAGCAGGCGGUGCGGGCGCUGCUGCGGGACGUGAUGGCCAGCGCUGACCUGGAGAGCGUCACCUCCAAGGAGGUGCGGGAGGAGCUGGAGCGGCGCACGGGGCACAGCCUGGCCCAGCACAAGGACUUCAUCGACAACGAGAUGCUGCUGGUGCUGGCGCAAAUGGACCGGCCCUCCCGCAUCUUCCCGCACCUCUACCUGGGCUCCGAGUGGAACGCGGCCAACCUGGAGGAGCUGCAGCAGAACCGGAUCACCCACAUCCUGAACGUGGCGCGGGAGAUCGACAACUUCUUCCCGGCACUGUUCACCUACAUGAACGUGCGGGUGUACGACGAGGAGACGGCCCAGCUCCUACCCCACUGGAACGACACCUUCCUCUUCCUCUCCCGUGUCCGGGCCGGCGGGGGCCGGGCGCUGGUGCACUGCCGCAUGGGGCUGAGCCGCUCGGCGGCCACGGUGCUGGCCUACGCCAUGAAGGAGUUCGGGUGGCCCCUGGAGCGGGCGCUGCGGCACGUCCGGCACUGCCGCCCCGGCGUCCUGCCCAACCCCGGCUUCAUGCGCCAGCUCGACUUCUACCAGGGCAUCCUGCACGCCAGGGCGCGGGGAGGGGGAGUUGUCUGUAACCUCCUGCCCCCGGGCCCGGGCCAGCCCGGGGCGGGGGUACCGGUGCCUCGCAGCCCUCCCUGUUGCCGGGCACGGCGGGACCCGGCACCGCGGGGCAGCGCCAUGCUCCGGCGCCAUCUUGUGCGGUGGGGGAGCGGCGGCGCGGGGAACUACAGCCCCCAGCAUGCCUUGCGCGGGGGCGGGGCUUUGCGCAUGCGUGCGCGGCGCCGUCCUGGUUGCUAUGGCAGCCGGGCGCAGGCUUGCCUCAGCUCCGGCGGCCUAGGCCGCGACCGGGACCGGGACAAGGCCCGGACACCGGCAGCGGAGGAGUGA